AUGGACUGUCGUUACGCACAAUGUCUGCAACGUUCCAACAUAUUUCAUGCAGCAUAUAUCGCUUUGGACGCCCAUGAGUUCCUGCUUAGAGCAGUCACAAGACAAAUUGGUUGGGUGACUUGCCAUGAAGUCUGUUCGACAACAAUUGGCCGAUCAGCCACGAUAUCGGGUCGAGGAUCAUUCUAUAGGAGUCGGUUUCGAUGGGCACCAGUGAUCUGGUGUAAGUGGUGGGUCGAGGGGAGACUCUGGCAUGGCCAAUAA